CGCAAAGAUAUAAAAAUGGUGACUCAGGAAAAUUGGUGUGAGUGUUAAAAAAAAAAUGAAACGUUUUAAAUAAAAAUCGCUCUACAAAAAAGUCACAAUAAAUAAUAUGCAAUUGAAAAGUAUUUAGAGCGCCAAGUCCACAAGCAGAGCGUGCAACACACACGAUAAAGCAAGCAACCGCAUCGCAGCAGUGAAUUGUAGCGAACGGAAGUGAGGAUUUUAUGAAAAAUGCGCUGCAGCAAAUUGCGUAAAAAUAUUCGCAAGCACAGAUGGUCAUAGUAUAGAUAACUUUCUAAAAACAAAAUGUUCUCCAUCAACAAAUCGACCGUUGCCUUUGCUGCCAUCGCUGUUGUUCUGAUCUCGAUGUUUUCGUCGACCGUUGAGGGCAUACCAUCCAUUGGACACUACGGCAAACGCUUUGACACCAUGUCCGGCAUCGAUUUCAUUCAGAUCUGCCUCAACAACUGCGCGCAAUGUAAGAAAAUGUUUGGUGACUACUUUCAAGGUCAGACCUGCGCCGAGUCCUGCCUUAAAUUCAAGGGCAAAGCCAUUCCAGACUGCGAGGACAUCGGCUCUAUUGCACCCUUCCUCAACGCACUCGAAUAAAGAGUGAGACUCUCUAAGCAUCUGACUUCUGUGCUGCGCGCCGCCACUGCUCACCUCACACCCACACUGUUUAGCGUUAAAAUCAUGAGCUUGACUGCGUGUUUAAAGUAUUUUUGUAUAUAAUUUUGUGUGUAUUGAACUUUGACUUGGAUCGUUUGCGUGACGUACUCGUCUAAUUUAGGUCAUUGCCAAUGUGACCGUCAGCAACCGCGCUACUUUUACCACACGCUCACCGAACAUAAAUUCGCUUAUUUAUUUUUAUUUUAUUGUGAUUUGCAUAUUUUAUUGAAGUUAUUUCAUAUGCGAAAUGAACUCAUCGAAAAUAAUUAAUAUGGUCGAAAGCUCUGACGACUUCAUGUGGAUCCACGGUGAUCCAUACAACUACAAAAGGAUAUAAGCAUGACCCACUGAAAUAGUCCUGAGACACGCGGUAUCAGAAAGUUCCUAAGUAAAUAAUUUGUGGUAUUAUAUUUACAAAUGUAGUUUAGUAGUCCCAAUUUGUAGUUCUAUUUAUACAAAUAUAAACGCAUAAAUGUG